CUCAAUCGUGCCAGUGAAAAAAAAUUGGUCAUUCCAUUUUUAAAAUUCGAACGACAUUCCAAAAACGAAAUAGAAUUCAAUUUAAAAAAUUGUGAUUAAAUAUGGUUUAUGAAUUGUGACGUUCCAAUUUUGAAUUCGAGAGUUGGAGCGAAAAUGGAAGAAGAAAAUUUGAUAAAGGACACUGAAUAUGAUCAACUGAACCAAGUGUAUGAUGAAUGUUUGGAAUUUCUUAAUAAAUGUAAUGAUUCGUACAAUGAUGAUCCCGGAUAUGAAACUGUGCGAGACAAAACCGAUGAAAAUAAUUCGAAAUUAAAUAAUGAUGAAGCAGAUAAUUAUGUGGAACCAAAAAUUGAUUACGAGGUGGUUAAUGAAAAAAAAUCUAAUGAAAGUUUAAAUUCACUACCAGGUGAGACGAAAUCUGAAAGAUUGCGCCGAUUAUCGAAACAACUGCCCAAAAUUAUUAUUACUCAAAGCAAUUCUAGUUUAGAAAGACGGAUCGAUGAUGCGAAAGAAAGCCAUUUCGUGCCCAUCAUGCGAGCUAAGAAAAAAUUUAAUGAGGAAAAUAGAAAAGUACAGAACACAGUACAGCCCAGCAGAAAGAGACACAGCGACUUUCCGAAGAGACUCGUGUCGAAAACGGGAGUGGAAAACGUCGCUUUAAUAUCAAAUGUACCCUUUGAGAAAAUUCGUCUUCUUAAUGAUACGUUCCAUACUUUGAUCAAUCUCCGCUGGCGCUGGAUAGUGAUGGGCACGGUGUUCCUGCACUUCGCUAUCUGGCUGGUGUUUGCGGUUUUCUGGUACAUAACUGCGCUCGCGCACUACGACUUCGAGCCGGAGCCGCCGCAGCGCCUCUGCGUGACCGGGGGGAAAGACUUCGUGACUAUAUUCCUGGCGUCCGUUGAGGCGCAGACAACGAUUGGGUUCGGCGAUAGAGCUAUUGACGAAGAAUGCCCGGAAUCUAUCUUUCUUUUUGUGAUGCAGCUUAUACUAGGCACAGGCUUGUCAGGAGUCCUUACGUGCGUGGUCUAUGCAAAAUUAACUCGACCAGAGAAGCUAUCAAGGGAUGGUGUUGGUUUUAGCAAAAAAGCUGUGAUCAGCAUGCGUGACGGACGUCUGUGCCUCAUGUUCCGCGCCUGGGACCUCAAUUACGACCACAUUAUAUGUUCCGAAUUUACAGCGCAUUAUAUAAAUACACGCAAAACAAAAGAGGGCGAAAUGAUCCGCUACUACGCGCAGUCGCUGCGCCUGCAGCAGCGCCAGUUCCUGCUGUGGCCGGUGACGCUGCUGCACGUCGUGGACUCCGACAGCCCCCUGUACCACGUCACGCCGCAGCAGUUGGCCGAUAGUAGUUUCGAAAUAACAGUAAGUCUGAAAGGUGCAUCAGCUUCCAUGGGCACCUUCACCCAGAGCCAGACAUCAUACCUGCCGAGGGAGGUGGUCUGGGGGCACAGGUUUCCCUCCGUUGUGAGAUACGACACAAACAAACAGAAGUACGUAAUCGACCAUCAUAAGUUGGACUCUACAGAACCAGUAGACACUCCAUAUUGCAGUGCUUAUCAAUUGGAGAGUGGAUCAAAAUGUUCAGAUAAGUCAGACAGACCCGGGACUCCAGGCAGUUUCAGUGAGAAAAUAUCCACUUUUCAUCUUCAAAGGACGUCAUCUUUUAAGAAGAAGCAUAACAAAACACAUAGUAUAACAAAACAGAUAAUAUCAACUGAACUAAAAAUGGCAAACAACAAUUAUGAAAGUGAAAGACGCGGCAGCAAAAACAGGGCCUUAGAAAGGUCAUUAAGCUACUCCGAAGCUAUAGGAAAUGGUUCUGGGCGCUCGUCCAUAGAAAUACCAAGAAUGGCGAAUACGGAAGUCUACGCGAAUGAAGAAAUGAAAAAACAGUACAGGAUAUCGCAGACAUAUGUGGAAGGGAAAGAAAUUGCCUUCCCCACGGUUAUAACUAACGUCGAUACAAAGGUGCCGAUCAGUUUUGAAGGCGCUCACGUGUACAGCUCUCAGUCCAGUGAAGGUGACCAAACUGACGAUGGCAUUAUAAUGACUAUCGAUGUGGAAACUGAGAGUCCUAAAUCAUCGGAAAAGAGGAACAUUUCUGAUGCAUCGACUCGGCCGCUAGUGGGUUCGAGCUCUCCCAAUGAUACAUAUGAUAGUAUAGAACCUGCUGAUACACUGAAUGAUAGUACGUAUAAUGAAAUUCCGUCGUCUUUUGGGUAUGCCACUCCGUAUACUAGUCGACGGCGAACUGGCAAGAAACGGAGACGUCAACACGGCAUCGGGAGGCAGAUUCGUUCCAGAAGGGUGGUGUACAAGGGAGGAGAGGAAAAUGUCCCCAUCCGAAGCAAUAUCCCCGCGAAGUCGUUGAAAUAUUUCCGGGACAUCGUGAAUACAGUUAUAAAUAGUAAAUGGAGAUACCUGAUUCUGCUGAUGGUGUGCGCCCACUUCGCAUUUUGGCUUCUCUUCGCCAGCAUCUGGUAUGUGGUAACGGCUUCUUAUCAAGAGGAUAUAGGAGAUGGGAUGGAACACUGCGUCACUGGCACUUCAUCUUUCGCCGGUCUACUCAUGAUGGCUGUAGAGACUCAGAUGACAAUUGGGUAUGGAGUUCGAUUUCCUAAUGAAGAGUGUCCUGAAGCAAUCAUUGUUAUGGUUCUAGAGAUUGUGGCUGGAACGGCGCUAUCCGGGGGUUUGACUAGCUUAUUGUUUACUAAACUAGUGCGCCCCAAUAAACACGUGUCCUCCGUUGGAUUUAGUAAGAAAGCCACGGUCUGUCUCCGAGACGGGAAGAUGUGUCUACAGUUUCGCGUCUGGGAUUUGAUGAAUGUGCAUUUAAUUGGGAGCUCCAUCACCGCUUAUUUAUUGAAACCUAUUAGAACGCUCGAAGGGGAGCUAGUGCCUAACUAUAUACACCAGCUGAAAUUGAAAGAAGCGACGUCCUUCCUGCUCUGGCCAAUCGUAGUCGUGCACGAGAUUGAUCAUCAGAGCCCUUUGUAUGACCUAUCAGCUCAAGAUAUGAUGGAUUAUAGAUUCGAGAUAGUUGUAUGUUUGACUGGAUCCUCUAAGAGUAUGGGCACAGUCACGCAGAGUCGUACGUCUUACUUGUCGAAGGAAAUCAUUUGGGGGUAUCGCUUUAAAAACAUUUUGAAAUAUUCAAAAAAAGAUGAAGCCUACAUCAUUGAUACCGACAAUCUGAACACAGUGGAACAGGUGGAAACGCCGCUCUGCAGCGCUAGCAGACUGAAAGAAUUCGAAGAAGAUAUGAAGUCAGAACAAAUUCUGUCUACUCCAGACCUUUCUGUGUCCCCGACUAUAAUAUCGUUGAAUCGAGAAGAUUCUAUUCUCUCGAAGACUGAGGAAUCUGUCACGUCAAGCCCUUCGUUAAAUAGAACGGGCACGCAGAGGAGUUAUGGAUGGAAUUUUAGACGGUUCUACCCGAAAGGGCAGGACAGGAAUGGAGUGGAGUCGUGA